AUGCCCUUGAACAUCCUUGGAACCGCCCUAUUUGAAGGGACAGACCAAAUUCCGUAUUAUUCCACCAUUAGAGCAGUGGCACCCUAUGCAGCUGUUGCAGGAGCAAUCAAGUAUUGGUCUCGUGGUCCCUCCAACACCUGGGAGAGGAAACUACAUGGGAAGGUGUAUUUGGUUACUGGUGCGACGUCUCAAAGUAUGGGGACCUCAGUUGUUUUGCAAAUGGCGCAAUUGGGGGCACAAUUGAUUAUCUUAACGAGAGAGAUUGAUCAAUGGUCGACUGAAUGGUGUGAAGAUUUGAGAGAUAGGACCGGUAAUGAAUUGAUCUUUAUGGAGAAGUGUGAUUUGGCUGAUCUUUGGGAUGUGAGGAAGUUUGCAACUAGUUGGUUGGAUAAUUCACCACCGAGGAGAUUGGAUGGGAUUAUUUGUAUGUCAGGGGAGAUGCAACCUUGGGGGAUCCCACGAUUAUCUGUCCCCAAGAGAAGAUCUUCACAUGAUGGGUUGGAGUUACAAAUGGCUACGAAUUUCAUUGGUGUGUUCCAUUUGAUUAAUUUGUUACAACCAAGUUUUAAAGCACAACCUCCUGAUAGAGAUGUUAGAAUCAUAUUGACCACUUGUUGGUUACAAGUUAUGGGUGAUAUAAAUUUGGAUGAUCCCUUAUGGCAAGAUGUUAAAUUUGAUAGUUCGUUCAAAUUUUUUUGUAGCAGUAAAUUACAAUUGGGUCUUUGUAUGAUGGAAUUACAGAGAAGAUUAUUGCAAGAGAUGCAAAAGGGUAAGACUCAAGAUGGUGUACAAAGAACAGGGUUGAAUGUUAGUGUUACGAUGGUGCAACCUGGUACCAUGAGAUCACCAAGUUUACGAAGGGUUAUUAGUAAUGGAUCCAUUAUUGUAUUGAUUGUGUUGUAUUGUGUUAUUCUUUAUCCGAUUUUAUGGUUGUUUACUAAGAGUGGUAAUCGUGGUGCUCAAAGUAUAUUAUAUGCUCUUAUGACACCAGAAUUGGAGGAAAUUAAUUUAAAGGAUGAUAAAGUUAAAUAUAUAUCGGAUUGUUCCAUUGUUAAAUUUUCACGUAAGGAAUUUGAUGAUGAAGAGUUACAAAGGAAAUUAUUUGACACUACAGAGAAGAAAAUAUUUGAAUUAGAGAAGCAAAUGGCCAUUAAGAGGAAGUCCGCCAAGACGAGUGGUGGAAAGGGCAAGGAGGCAGGCAAGAAUCAAAAGAAGAAGAAGAAGAAAGUUACGAAAUCUAGCUAG